AUGUCCGACUACGACGACACCUCCCGCUACGGCUCCGGCACCACCAGCGGCGGCCGUGGCUACGGCGACGACAACGACAACGACGACCGACGCACCGGCGGCCUGCGCACAGGGAGCUCCAACGACCGCAGCGCCUACUCCGGCGGCAGCGCCGAGUACGGCUCCGGCACGACCGGCGGCGCGGGUUUCGGCAACAAGACUUCGUCUAGCGGAGGCGGCUACGAUCGCGACGAGUACGACAAUUCCGGUCUCAGGACGGGCUCGCACGGGGACACGGGCGCGUACUCGGGCGGGAGCGAGCGCUACGGCAGCGGGACGACGAGCGGCGCGGGAUUCGGCAACAAGACGGGGAGCUUCGGUAAGAGUGAGGGUGGUGAGGGAAAAGGUGACUCGACCGUCGGCAAGCUGAUGGAGAAGGCCGGCAGUGUCCUGAAGAGCGACAAGCUCGAGGAGAAGGGCACCGCCAAGCGCGAGGCUGCUGGGUUCGGCGGCCACGGCAACGACAGUUACGGCUCGUCUUCGUCGCGGCGCGAGGAAGGCGCGUUCGGCUCGUCUGGCGCUGGUCGCGGCGGGGACGACGCUUACGGCCGCGAGGGUGAUAGCUAUGGUUCGAGCGCUCGCCGCGAUCACGGUGCCGAAUCGUACGGCACCAGUCGCCGAGACGAAGACACGUUUGGCCGCGGUGAUGGCCACGGCGACUCCUAUGGCUCAAGCACUCGCCGUGACGAAACCAGCUCCUACGAUUCCAGCCGUCGGGACGACGAUGCGUUCGGUUCCUCGCGCACGCAGGUCGAAGACCGCUAUGCUUCCACUAACAGCCGCGAUAAUGACUAUGGUCGGACGGAUGCCGAUCAGGACAGGCAGGAAUUGGGCGGGUAUGGCUCGAGCGACAGGGCCGGGUAUGGGCGGGAUGACAGUUAUGGUGGUGCUGGCAGGAAGGACGACUAUUAG